AUGUCUUCAGUGACCAACGGCGACGCGCAGCCCUCAAUUAUCUUCGACUCUCUGCCGUACUAUGACAAUGAGCUGGAGCAGUACCCCAUCUUGAAGGAGAAAGUCGAGAAGGAGCUGGCGCGGGAAGGCAAGCCGCCGCAAACGCUGCAUCCGAAGGUGCCGCCGGAACCGACAUUGUUUGCUAAUUACCCCUUGUUGCAGGCUGAGCUUGAGCGGAUAUCAAAUCACCGCUUGCUACCACCUCUCGACACCACGCGGUACCAACUGCCUGGGCCCACGAACCUGGAGAGUGAGGAGGAGUGGCAGGAAGCUCUUGAUAACGCCAAGGCACAACUUGAGCACCAAAAGCUACGGCACAGCAACCUCGCACUGCUGCAGCAGUACGGGGCUAAUGCGUGGCGGAUACAAAAUUAUGUGAACGAGGCGACGGCGACGAACAUUGAACGGACACUGGAAGAGCUGAAGAACUUGACGGUGGAGGUGAACAGGGAGCGGAAGAACUACCAGACGCGGCUGGGAAGACAGCUGACUUCGCUCGAGACUCGGUGGACGGAACUUAUCUCGAGCAUUCUCCAGAUCGAGCUCGCAAACGUGGCGCUCGAGGCCGAGAUCGACCAGCUCAACCAGAGGGAGGUCGAUCUCGCCGCCGCCCUCUGA